GCGGCCAGCGGGGCAGCCUGACUAACCAGCUCCUCCAGGCCACGCUGUUGGGGGAGGGGGCGAGGCCGGAGCCCCAGGCUGUGGGUGCGUGGGUGCUCUGCAGGCCAUCAUGGGGCUCCCCUGGAGGCAGCUGCGCCCUUGGCUGCUGCUCCUCGUGGUGCUGGUGUGGCCCCAGCCCUGCGUGAGCCUGGAGCUCGUCCCCUACACGCCGCGGAUAACAGCCUGGGACCUGGAAGGGAAGGUCACAGCCACCACGUUUUCCCUGGAGCAGCCGCGCUGUGUCCUGGAAGGGCAUGCCAGUGCUGCCAGCACCGUCUGGCUGGUGGUGGCCUUCAGCAACGCCUCCAGGGACUUCCAGAACCCCCAGACACUGGCUGAGAUCCCAGCCUUCCCGAGGCUGCUGACGGAUGGCCACUACAUGACGCUGCCCCUGACCCUGGACCAGCUGCCCUGUGAGGACCCAGUGGGUGGCAGGGGGGGCACCCUGGUGCUUAGGGUGGGCAAUGACGCCAGCUGCCUUGCUGAUCUCCAGCAGCCACGCUACUGCAACGCCCCCCUCCCUGGCCCUGGACCUUACAGGGUGAAGUUCCUCCUGAUGGACUCCAAGGGCUCACCCCAGGCCCAGACAAGGUGGUCCGACCCCAUCACUCUCCGCCAAGGGAAGUCCCCAGGCUCCAUUGACACGUGGCCAGGGCGGCGAAGUGGUGACGUGAUCGUCAUCACCUCCAUCCUCUCCUCUCUGGCCGGCCUCCUGCUCCUGGCCUUCCUGGCAGCCUCCAGCGUGCACUUCUCCAGCCUGUGGUGGCCGGAGGAGGCCCCAGAGCAGCUGCGAAUCGGCUCCUUCAUGGGGACACGCUACAUGACCCACCACAUCCCACCCAGCGAGGCUGCCACGCUGCCUGUGGGCUGCGAGCCUGGCCUGGAACCCCUCCCCAGCCUCAGCCCCUAGCCUGGCCCAUAUGGCUGGGGCUGGGGCCGUGGGGGACCUGCACCCACGUGCCCCUCCCCCAUCGCACCUCCCCACCCUGCCUGAAAUCCCACCACUAGCAGCCCUGCCUUGGGCUUUCCCAGUUGCCCCGCUGCAGGCAGUGAAGUUGCACUCAGGGGAGGGCUGUGGUCAGCCUGGGCAUCCAGCCUCCGCCGCCAUCUGCCUCUGUUCUGCCUGCCUCGAGCGAGGCUGGAAGGUGACGUGGAGAGACUGCCCUGACAGGAAGCUUCCAGGCCCCAGGAGGAGGCCUGCAGGGGGCCUUGUCUGCCCUGUGCAGGGAGCCGGGCUGGGCCCAUCCUGGGGUAUAUGAGGCCUCCUUCUGUCCCUCUGUCCCAUCCACCAGCGGCUGGGGCUGCAGUGGAGCCUUUAGAGGUUCUUCCAUUGUCCCUGGACGGGGGCCUUUUCUGCGGGUGGCACUCACCAGCUGUAAGGUCUGACAGUGUAGACACACGUUAUGACUUUCCGGCCACCACUCCUAACCCCCUUGCACACGCAGAUGGCUCACACAGUUAUCCACUCACUCUCACGCCACAAACAUUUAUUGAGCUCCUGCUGCAUGCCCUGCACAGUGUCAGACAUGGGCCCUCACGCAGAGCCCGGUGCUCUUCUUGGGCGCUCACUCACUGCUGAGCCUCAGAUGACCACGUGUCCUGAUGUGACCUGUCACUAUUGGGAGGCUAUCACUCCCUCACAUUGUCACAUACCCUCGGGCUCACACUCCUCAGACGAUCACCCCAAUGGACUCUCUGGGGUCCGCGAGCCCCCAUCACCCAGGAGGAUACACUUAACUCAGCAGCGUCCGUCCGCCCGCCCGCAAGGCCGGUGUUCCCACUAUGGCCGCAAGGGAGCGCCAGUUUACCGCAGCCGCAGGGUCCCGCGCGUGCGCACUUCUCUGAACUGCAGCGAGUCCCGCCGCGUGACCCGAUGUCGUAGAGCUACCGCCACUCCGGAGGGUCUCUGGAGGUCAGGGCUCCAGGUCCCACCUCGGCCAAGCCAGAAGGAUGAGCAGUCACGCUCUCGCUUGAAGAUCUACGAUGUGUCGUCCAAUCCGCACAGCCGCCACCGUUUUCUGUAUGGAAAAACUGAGGCUCAGUACCCUCCCCGCCGCGCCCUGUCCACUGUCACCGCACCCCACGUCCCUGGACCCGCUCCCGGCCCCUCUAGUCUGACCGCGGCUCCCAGCAGGCAGGCCCCCCGAGGAGGGUGCCCAGCGGUGGCCAGCGGGGGGGGGGGCCCUGCUUUCUGGAGAUGAAUAAAUGCAGUCUGGCUCCUC